GCGCCAUCCCCACCGCUAUAAUUACGCCCCGGCCAGCCUGCGCGCGCGGGCCUAUCAGCAGCAGCCCUAGCCUAGCCUAGCUAGCUACCCGGCCGCCUCCGCUGCUCGCCCGCCCUCCUCACUUGCGCUCGCGUGUGUCCCCGUCUUGUCGCGUUUACUCAGCCGCCGCUGCUGCUGCUUGCUAGGGUUAGGGUUUGCGGCUGCGCGCGCGCGUGUACGCGCGUGGGCUGGCCGCCGCAGGGAUGACGCCGCAGAGGUCGCCGGCGGCGACCGCCGGAGGAGGAGGAGGAGGUGGCGGCGGGGGCGGGGGCCCGCCGGCGCUGCACUACCUCAGCGGCCCGUACGGAGACACCACCUUCACCAAGGUUUUCGUCGGCGGCCUCGCCUGGGAGACGCGGAGCGAGGGGCUUCGCGCCCACUUCGAGGUCUAUGGGGACAUCCUCGAGGCCGUUGUCAUCACCGACCGCGCCACGGGCCGCUCCAAGGGCUACGGAUUCGUAACCUUCCGGGAGCCAGAGUCAGCGAGGAUGGCCUGCAUGGACCCAUACCCAGUGAUCGACGGCCGGCGCGCUAAUUGCAAUCUUGCCAUCUUAGGGCGCCCUGGUCCAGCUGUGCCUUUCGCACCUAUAAGGCCGGUCAUCCCAUACAGUGGAGGUGUGGCGGUUCCAGGGGGCAUGUAUGUGCAAAGCCCAACAUAUCAGCAAUCCCCUUACAACUACUCACAGGCCUUUGUAUAUCCUUCUUAUGGGCCAUCAGCAUAUGGACCUGAAUACCUAUAUCAGCAGAAUGCAUACAGUCCAUAUGUUGGACAACAGUAUGUUCCAGUUUACGGUGGCCCAAGGACAGUAGGUCCAGCAGUCUACCCAUAUGGGCAGUUUGGCCAACCUGUACCAAGUGAUCAUGCUUAUUCUCCUGGUUAUGCCCCAAGUCAUGUUCUCCCACUAUCAAAUCAGAAUGUUAAUGCUGCAAAUGUUGUGCGCAUACCACCAGUUCAGCAACAAUUUCCUCCAGGAGCUCCACGACCUCAGCAACAGCUUUUGGUCCCUGCUCGUGCACCGCCAUUCCCGCAGAACAACAUUUCUGAACAAGCAACAGGUUGACAAGGAUGCCAGAAAGUGACAAAUUUUAGGCAUCCUAUAGUCUGCAGCAGGACUAAGAAAAGUCGUACCGCUAAAUUGGGCGGCAUGCUUUUUUUUCUUGCAAAUUGUUUUCUUUUGCACUCUAAAGGUUGUCCUUAUCCAUGGUUACCUGAACUUCAUAUAAUGUGAGUUUCUGAUCUGCUCCCCCGGAUGGGGCAGGAAAGCUCGAGUGUCUGAAGAUGAAGCCCCUCUUGUUCAGCUUCUGUCAGUGUCUGUACAUUCCCCAUCUCCUGCCAGAAAUUCUGAUAGCUGGUGGUCUGUGCAUGGACCAAAGUGGAUGCCGGAAAUGGAGUCCGGCCUCCAACCUGUGUAUAAUAUAGGUCAUGUAGUAGAUCCAAAUCGUAGAACAGGUCCAUUCUUUCAAAACAUCUGGCUGUGUAUAUUAAUUCUCUUCUCACCUUUUCAGUACCAUCAGUGCAUGUUUCCAUGUCUCAUUAGGGGAUAGGAAUUUCAAUGUCAUUGCAUCAUCAGUGAGUCAUGUACAUUAUUAUUAUUCUGAAACUGUAAACUAUAUA